CGCGCACGCGGGGAGGGGGCGGAGGGGGCGGGCGGAGCGGAGGGUGCGGGCGCCCGCGGAGCUGCGGGGGGAGCUGCUGCCGCCGCCGCCGAGCCUGGCCGUGCAUGGGGGUGUCCCGCUGAGCCCCGAGAGCCGCCGCGUCCGCCGGGACCCGCACAGAGCCAAGAGCCCCGCCCGCUGCGCUGCCCCUCGCGAGCCGGCAUGGAGGCGCCGCUGGUGAGUCUGGACGAAGAGUUCGAGGACCUGCGGCCGUGCUGCCCGCAGGAGCGGGAGGAGAAGCCGCGCUGCUCCUACGGCUCGUCGCCCCACCCGCUCGAGGACCCGUCCCUCUCCGAGCUGGAGAACUUCUCCUCGGAAAUCAUCAGCUUCAAGUCCAUGGAGGACCUGGUCAACGAGUUUGAUGAGAAGCUCAACGUCUGCUUCCGGAACUACAACGCCAAGACGGAGAACCUGGCCCCGGUGAAGAACCAGUUCCAGAUCCAGGAGGAGGAGGACACGCUGCGGGAUGAGGAGGUUUGGGGCGCUCUGACGGACAAUUACAUCCCUUUACUCUCAGAAGACUGGCGGGACCCACACGUCGAGGCUCUGAACGACAACAGCUCCGACACUGAGAUCCAUGAGAAGGAGGAGGAGGAGUUCAACGAGAAGAGUGAGCACGACUCCGGCAUCAAUGAGGAGCCACUGCUCACGGCCGAUCAGGUGAUCGAGGAGAUUGAAGAGAUGAUGCAGAAUUCCCCAGACCCCGAGGAGGAAGAGGAGGGUGUGGAGGAGGAAGACGGGGGUGAAACAUCAUCGCAGGCCGAUUCGGUCCUCCUGCAGGAGAUGCAGGCCCUGACACAGACCUUCAACAACAACUGGUCCUACGAAGGCCUGAGGCACAUGUCCGGCCCGGCGCUGGCCGAGCUGCUGGACCAGGUGGAGGGCGCCAUCCGGGACUUCUCGGAGGAGCUGGUGCAGCAGCUGGCGCACCGGGACGAGCUGGAGUUCGAGAAGGAGGUGAAGAACUCCUUCAUCACGGUGCUCAUCGAGGUGCAGAACAAGCAGAAGGAGCAGCGGGAGCUCAUGAAGAAGCGGCGGAGAGAGAAGGGGCUGAGCCUGCAGAGCGGCCGGACGGAGAGGGGCAGCCAGAUGCCUCUCAAGCGUUUCAGCAUGGAGGGGCUCUCCAACAUCCUGCAGAGCGGCAUCCGUCAGACCUUCGGCUCCCCCGGAACCGACAAACAGUAUCUCAACACCGUCAUCCCCUACGAGAAAAAGGCCUCGCCGCCGUCCGUGGAGGACCUCCAGAUGCUGACCAACAUUCUCUUCGCCAUGAAGGAGGAUAACGAGAAGGUGCCUACUCUGCUCACAGACUACAUUUUGAAAGUGCUCUGUCCCACCUAACCUGGCCCCGGGGAGCAGCCUCGCUGCGGAGGUCACGAGCGAGCGCCACCGCCCUCCCAGGCACUGCAUGAGCCGCGCGGCCUCCUCCGGCGUGUAUGUAAGCGGGGUAGCUUAGCCCGGAUCCCGCGCCAACGCUGGCUUCUAGUCCUAGUUCUCAUUGGGUGCAUGACCGAGGCGCAGGGCCGGCGCCCGCGGGGAGGGGCGGCCGUGCCCACCGCUCAUUAUCUAGUCUGACUCCGGCCCUCCCAAGCAGCUGACACUCGAAGACUAAUUUUGAAAUAAACCUUCAUUUAAUUAA